GUUCCUGUAAACAGAACAAAGGAAGUACAGGAAGCUCGCAUGAAGCUACCAGUGUGUGGUGAAGAACAGGUUAUUAUGGAAGCCAUUCGUAACAACACUGUCGUAGUCAUUUGUGGUGAGACUGGUUCAGGAAAAACCACGCAGGUUCCCCAGUUCUUGUACGAGGCUGGUUGGUCUCAUCCUGAUAGCGACAACCCUGGUCUCAUUGCUAUUACACAGCCUCGUCGUGUGGCUGCAGUUAGUAUGGCAAAGCGUGUCGGUUAUGAACUAAACCUUCCAGAAAGUGUUGUUUCUCAUCAGAUCCGUUAUGAUGUAACAACUUCUGAAAAAACACGUAUUAAAUUCAUGACAGAUGGUGUACUCUUGCGUGAGCUAUCUCAAGACCUUUUGCUGACAAAGUACUCUGUUAUCAUCAUCGAUGAAGCGCACGAACGUAACUUGAAUACAGAUAUUCUUAUUGGUGUUGUGAGCAGAGUCUUGAAAUUAAGAGCAGAACUUAGUCGCGAAGAUCGUGCCAAGAUCAAGCCUCUUCGUGUAGUCAUCAUGUCUGCUACUCUCCGUGUUUCCGAUUUCACAGAAAACUCAACACUGUUCACUAAACCACCACCUGUUAUCAGUGUGAAUGCAAGACAAUAUCCAGUGUCUAUCCACUUUAACAAACGUACGCCUGAAGAUCAUGUUGCCGAAGCAUUUAAGAAGGUGUCAAAGAUUCACGAUCGCUUACCGGAAGGUGGUAUUCUUAUCUUCUUGACGGGUCAAAAUGAAAUUCAACAUCUCUGUAAACUACUCCGCGAGAAAUACCCUUCGCUUCCUCCAAAGGCGGCUCUUGAGGAGCGCAAACGCAUCAGACAAGCAGCAGAGCUUGAAUUAAAACGAGAUGCUGCUAUUCCAGGAGAAGAAUCCGAUUCCGAUGACAGUGAUAGCGAUCUUGGUUUUGACGAAGAAGAACUUGUAUCGACUAAGGAUGGUAAGUGGGAGUAUAUAUAUAAAUGCGAAUAUGGAAAGUUUACUUACACUAUUUCGUAUGCAGCUCCUCUUCACGUAUUGCCUCUAUAUUCUUCCUUGCCUACGGAAGCACAGCUUCGUGUAUUUCAACCUCCUCCAGAGGGAACACGACUUUGUGUGAUUGCCACAAACGUGGCAGAAACAUCUGUUACAAUCCCUGGUAUUCGUUAUGUAGUUGAUUGUGGAAAAGCAAAGGAGCGACGGUAUGAUAUCAAAACUGGUGUCCAGUCCUUCGAAGUUGAUUGGACUUCCAAGGCAUCCGCGGGUCAGCGUGCUGGUCGUGCAGGAAGAACAGGACCUGGUCACUGUUACAGACUUUAUUCUUCAGCUGUAUUUGAUCAUGAUUUUGAGCAGUUCUCAACUCCAGAAAUCAGCCGCAUGCCUAUUGAAGGUGUUGUACUCAACAUGAAGUCUAUGGGCAUCGACAACGUUGUCAACUUCCCCUUCCCCACCCCACCAGAAAGACAAACUCUUUCCAAAGCGGAGAAGCUACUUGGGUAUCUUGGAGCUAUCGAUACAGAUGUCAAGCAUAUCACACCUGUCGGUCAAGCAAUGGCUAAUCUUCCUGUCACUCCUCGGUUUGCUAAAAUGCUGGUCAUCGGAAAUCAGCAAGACUGCUUACCAUUCGUUAUUGCCAUUGUUGCUGCUUUGUCAACUGAAAUCGCAAAAGCCAGACGAAGAUUGAUGAGAAAGAAGUAUUUUGAGUCACAAAUCAAGCAUGCCGGGUUGGACCGAUCUAGCGAUAUUCUCAAGCUGCUGAAUGUUGUGGGUGCUUAUGAGUAUGCAGGUGCCACAGCUGAGUUCUGUGAAGAGAACUUCUUGCGUUCAAAGGCCAUGGAAGAAAUUCGAAAGCUCCGAUGGCAGCUUACUAACCUUAUGGCUGCUUUAUUUGAGAAUGUGGAUGUCUGGGUUGAUCCUAAGAUGCUGCCUCCUACAAAGCGCCAAAUCAAAUUUCUUAAACAAGUCAUCACUGCUGGCUUCAUCGAUUCCGUGGCUAUUCGUAAAGACGUGAUUGAAAACGGUGGUCAGGGCGGUACUCGCUUCAAGAACGCAAGAGGCGUAGCCUACAAGUUGAUGUGGAGUGAAGAGGAAGCAUUCAUUCACCCUGGAUCUAUUUUGUACAGCCAGGAGCCUCCUAUUGCUUUGGUGUACAACGAACUAUUCAAGGGAGCAACAAAGACCUGCUUCAAGGGAGUUACUGCCAUUGAUACAAAAUGGCUGCCAGAAAUCGGUAAAGAGUUUUGUUCGUUUGGACGACCACUUGAUCACCCUAUUCCAAAGUACAGCGAACAGACAAAAGAUAAGAAAACGGUAUAUGUUGUUCCUAGCUUUGGACCAAAGGGUUGGCCAUUACCACCUAUCCAGGUUGAGAUGCAUAGAAAGGGCACUAGAUGGGUUAUUAGUGCAUAGAAGAAGAAGAAGAAAACUAAAACAUAUAAUACAAAAUCAUCAAGCUUUUUUUUUUUAAAAAAAAAUCAUUUACAUGUCACAUUUCAUAAAAAAUAUAUAUAUCUAUAUUUUAUAAUCACAAUGCUUAGGUUAGCCUUAACUAUAAAAAUUCCUAAAAAGGAAAGUAGUACUUUGUAUAAAUCACCCAUUUAAUUCGCCCGAUCUUCUUAUCGUCUCUCUCCUAUUCCUCUGCUCUUACUAACUCUUAUCUCAAAAUAAAUGACAGUUCUUCCCC